AUGCUGCGCGCGGGCCAAAAAGGUCGAACAGUGACACCACUCAAUCGGAUCACGCGACAGACCGGUCCGGGAUGGACCCCUUCCUCUUACUCAAGUCGAACAGCUAGGAAGAGACGCCGCCCUUCGACCCCAAGUUCAGUUGAUGAACAUGAUGAGAACAUUGUCGACGACGUUAUCGGAGCCGCCAACGAAAGCAUCAAUGUAUCGCCCGGUGCGCAGGACACUUUGAACCCUCCCCAGCCCUCGGAUUUGAAGAAACCUGAUUGUCGGUUAUCGUUGGAUUUUGGAACGACUUACUGCUCGCUUUCAUAUGUUAUGAAUGAUGGAGAUCCUGAGCAGCCGCUGACUAUCGGUGGUUUUAAAGGCGAUCAUAUGCAGUACCAGGGUGGCAGACAGGUUCCUACCGAAGUAUUAUACUUAAAACGGCGAAUCCCAACUCCCCCACUGCCCAUUGGUCUGAGGCCCAGACCCAGGGAUAGAAGGGUUAGGUAUGAAUACAAGACGUUAUACGGCUACGAAGCACAGCAAUGGUUGACCGGAACCGUUCUUCGAGAGGGCUACGAAGUUUUGUGUCAUGUUCAAAGAAUGAAGCUCCUUAUUAACCAGGAUGACAAGACUUGUCAGGAUCAGCGUGCUCGUCUCGAGCAGUUACUGAAGGAUCGUGGGCUGAUUAAAAACUGUGACGAUACGUUAAUACAUACCCUAACCUACUAUCUCAAGCACGCAAAAUCCGAGCUUCAGCGCAAUCACGGAUUGCGUCACGAUAGCACCAUUGAACUCAUCAUAACUGUUCCUGUAUGUUGGGGGCCAAAAGCACUCCACACCAUGAGUCGCCUUGUCGAACAGGCUAUGAAGGCUUCCCAGCUUGGGUACUUCGGAGAGGAGAAAAAGUCGACUCUCUUCCUCGUAAAUGAGGCUGAAGCGGGCGCUUCGCAUGCACUCAAGUCAAGGUCGCACAAUUUAAAGAUCAUGGAGACGUUUCUGGUUAUCGAUGCAGGAGGUGGCACAGCAGAUCUGGCUUCUUACAUGGUUGAAAACGAGUACCCAUUACGCUUGAAGACUGAGAUCAACACUCCAUCAGGUGCAAUGGUUGGAUCAAGUGAUAUUAACCAACGCUUUUAUGACUUUGUCCUACGCAUUUGUGGGCCUGGUAUCAAAACGAUACUUGACGCAUGCUGGGCAUCGAAAUUCGAAGACAGCUACAAGCGAAGUUUCAACUACCUCGAUAAAAGACAGUUGUUCUCUUUCUUUAUACAGGACCCGUCCGUCUGUGAGCCCAACCCUAGGCUCACAGGAUCUAGUUUCGUUCUCUCGUACGAUGAUAUGUUGCAUAUUUUUAUGCCGUCCCUGAAAGCCAUCGGGGACCUUAUGAUUGAGCAGAUCAACGAAGCAACCGCAAAAGGGGCCGAAAUCGACAAAGCUGUGCUCAUUGGAGGUUUUGGAGAUUCUCCAGCAUUGAAGGAUUAUCUGAGAAUACGACUCGACGCUCAGAAUGCCGCAAGCAAGAGCAACACUAAGCUCAUUUGCUCGCCAACAAAUACCAGUGCAGAUGGCGUUGCCAUUGGCGGCAUCAUUCGAGCUUUGGAUAAGACACAUGGCCCAGCCCGGAUCCCUCGACAGAGCAUUGGCAUCUAUCGACACAUUCCUUACGAACCAGAGUUGAAUGUGCCACAUAUGCAACAAACGCCAUGUAACAUUGAUGGAGAAUUGGUGAUCGACGGGACUAUUGAGUGGAUCAUCAAAAAAGAUCAGCCUCCACUGGCACCCAUACAUCCUGUGACCUUUAAAUCCAUUUAUUCCUUCGUUGCCGAAGAUAAAAUAUGGAAAGCAGGGCAGGUGCUGUAUAGUUCACAGACAUGUACACGGGACUUCUAUCGACGCAGUCAUCCCUACAACAUAAAUAAAACUGAUAAGCUCGGGAAAAUCUGGUUUUACCUCUCAUCUGAUCAGAGAGAAAUGAUUCUUAACGAUAUGACGAAGGAAGGACCGCUGCGAAAGGGCCAGCUAUGCGUUGUGGAGCUCCUCAUUGAAAUGACUUUCAUCGAUAGAGAUAUGAAAAUUACCGCCCGGUGGCCGGCUGUAAGCGAUGGCGAGGAACUUCGACGUUCUGUCGAUUCAUUCUCGGUCCCGGCUGCAUUCGUGCCUGGAACAGAGUGAAGAGGGACACCCAUCACGUAGCAUCUCUCAAAGUUGUAAUAUCAUCGUUCAUAGUUUC